AUGUUUCUGAUGUGGAUCUUCAUCCUGUCUGCUGUUCCUACUGCUCUGUGUGCCAGCUCCGUCUUCUGCCCGGACCCGAAGGCCAGUGACCAGACUGCAGACUUCAUGAUUGAGUGUCUGGGCCUGCGCUUCACCUGGAUCCACUCCGUCUUCGAUAACUUCCCCUCGGUGCUGAACUUUGCUGUGAAGCUUCGCUGUGCGACCGGGCUGUGUCCUCACGACCUGGAGGACUACGGCUGCUCCUGCAGACACGUGGCGUCUGGAAACCCCGUGGACCCUCUGGACACCUGCUGUGAGACCCACAGACGGUGUUACCAGAACGCUGCCCCCUGCAGGCAGGAGCUGCCGCACCUCCCAGACAACUUCACCUGUCCGGCUGCAAACAGCAGCUGUGAUGAUGGUGAUUGGUGUCAGCGGAUGUUUUGUGAGUGUGACCUCGACGCCAUCGACUGCAUGAGUCACAGCUCGUUCAACUGGACUCUGAGAGGCUUCGCCGAGUCCUCCUGUUCCUCCACCAACCAAUCAGGUGGACGAGUCCUCAGCUCCACGUCCACACCAGCUUCACCUCCAGCUGCACCGGGAGGACAGCAGGGCGUCGCCCAGGACAAGCCCACGUCCCAGAGGACGGAUGAAGGUCCUCAGGUCCCCAGUGGCACCGCCGUCCCCCCCACAGCUCCCAGUGCCUCAUGGCAGCAGGACCUCACUCCCCCCCCGGCUGCUGCUCCUCUCACUGCCCUCAGUCCAGGUCGAGCGACAACGACGUCAUCGACUCCAGUGAGAACCGUCGCUGUGACGAAACCAGUUAGACCAGUCACCUCCGUCACCCCCCCAUCAGAGAUCACCACAUCCAGAACCACCACAAGACCAACCCCACUCACCACAGCUGGGUCCGAGGAGGAGGAGACGGACGAGCCUCGGAGCGUGGACGGAGACGAGAGGGACAGCUCCCAGGAGACAGACACACACGACGUGGCUCAGAAGAGGACGGUGCCGUUCUUCGCCUGGUCUCUGCUGGAGUCCGUGGGUCUGAGCGAGGUCCAGCUACAAGCCGACAGCCACGAAUGCAGCCGCCCCUUCACGCUGUACGGCAGCGCCGGGCGAGCCGGGCGGGCGAUGCCGGCGCUGGGGGACAUGCUCCAGUGUCUGACGGGACGAUGUCCACACGAGUACGAGAUGUACGGCUGCUACUGUGGACAGGAGGGCGGGGGGGAGCCCCUGGACCAGCUGGACAGGUGUUGCUUCUUCCAUCACUGCUGCCUGAAGCAGAUCAGCUCCAUGGGCUGCAGGGCGGACAGGAAGCUCAACGCUCGCGUUUCCUGUACGAACAGGAAGUCACAGUGUCAGGGCGUCACUGUGUGCGACAAACUUCAGUGUGUGUGCGACAAAACCACGGCAGAGUGUAUGGCGGCGGCGCACUUCAACCACAGCCUGCCCACGCAGCAGUGUGGAGGACCGGCCCCCCCCUGCCGCCGGGCCAGCAGACCCCCCAAGCCACAGCUUCCCCCCCAGUCCAGUGAGGAGAGCGAGGAGAGCGAGGAGACGCCGGGAGGACGCUCCGAUGACGAGCCACUGAAGGAGGCGCCGCCCACACAGGAGGCGUCGGCCCAGAAGAGCACGCCUCCUCCACGCCGCGUUCAAAACAGCGAUGAGAGUUCGGACCAGAUGGACGAGGAGAAGCUGACUCCUUCCGUCAAGCCGGCUCCACCUUCUCCUCCACCUCCUCCUCUCUCUCCUGACCACAGUGAUGAGAGCGGAAAGACACAGACACUCAGUGGGAUUCAAACCCUAAACCACCGGCCAAGUCCAGAGCAGAGCCACACACACCGGCCAUCAACGAAACCAGAGGAGGGAGGGGAAGAGAAGAAGGUGGUGGAGGAGGAGGAGGAGGAGGAAGAGGAGGAGGAAGAGGGGGAAGGGUAAAAGGAGAAGGAGGAAGAGGGGCAAGAUGAGGAGGAGGAGGAACAAAAGGAGAAAGAGGAGGAGGAAGAGGAAGGAAACAAAAAGCAGAUCGGCCGAUUAGUUGGUGAACAGAUGUAAUUUAUAGAAAUGAUGUUGAAAAUCAAUGUUUGAGGUUUUCUCUUCAGAUUUGUGAAGUGAAGCUGUUCUCGAGUAAACUAAUUAAAAACAUAAAGAAAUUAAAAAGAUCAUCUCCUGUGUCUUUG